AUGGAGAUUGUUAUCAAAGCGAAACAGCGAGGCGGUCUUGAUCAGUUUGGUUUCCUGGAAUUCGACCAUCCCUUGAAUGCAUAUUAUAAAUACAUUUCGAAGUUGAUCCGAGAAAAGAAGUAUAUCCCAAAACCGUUCCUAUCAAAGCGACGUCCGGAAUCCAAUAAUCUGGAAUCUUCGGAAGGGCAGCGCAGUCUGGACAGUGCUGCUGAAAAAAAUUCUGGUUCUGAAAGCGAUUCGGAUUUCGAUUCCGAAGGUGAUGGUAACGACGACUAUCUCCAUCCACUGCUCAUGGGUCGAUUGCGCAAAAAUGAUUCUCGCAGUAAUUCUCCUGUAAUUGGUCCGAAAACAAAAGAGGAGCAUGAGGCUGCUAAUGACGUCUAUUCUUCUUUGUAUAAAAGCCUAUCGGACGUAUUUGUGUCACAAGCGAAGCCGGUAGUGCAAGCUGUUGAAGAAAAAGAUGAGGAUGCUGUAAAAACAAAGGAUGAGCCGCCCAGUAAAAGUGAUUAUUAUGAAUGGUACGUGAGUUUUUACGGUGAGGCACCAAAGAAUGAUAAUCCGACCGUCAUACCACCACCACCUGAUGUUAUGCCGAUUGUGAAUAAUACCGCUCAAUAUGUCGCCAGAUACGGAGUUCAGGCUGAACAGUUCUUAUCAGGUAUCAUUUUCUGUUCUGCUCGGAUCAGUAAUAAUCAAUUAUUUCAAUCUUGCACAAAUUUAGAAAAAAUAAGACUGAAGGGCCGUAGAAUCAUUGUUAAACUGGGAAAGAUUCUUGCAUUUUUUCAUUUUCAGUGA